CCGUCAGAAUGCAAAAGUUUCAGCCUUAUAUAAAUGCAAGAGCUUCGGUUCACUGUCUUCACUCAAUCCACCAGACACACAUUCAAUGGAGUUCCACGCUGUAAUUUGCUGCGGAAAGGGUUCUGGCUUGGCACCAUUCUCGUCCGUCAGAUCGACAGGGAUGCCGAAGGCGCUACUCCCGAUUGCCAACCGUCCAAUGAUCGAGUACGUGCUCGAGUGGUGCGACCUCGCACCAUUCCAGAACAUUACCGUGGUGUGCGACCCGCUCUCGGCACCGCUCAUCCAGAACGCGCUCGAUUUCUACCAGACCAAACGCAGCGCUGACGUGCAGAAGCUCACCUCCAUCGAGCUUGUGACGUUGUCAGGUGCCACAGGUGAGAUCUUCCAGAGCUUGAAGGACAAGAUUACAACGGACUUUUUGGUGUUGCCAUGCGAUUUUAUGACGGAUUUACCGCCACAGGUGCUUAUUGAGGCAUACCGUAGUCGCAAGGAGGGCAACCUCGGGCUCUCGGUGCAGUAUUACAACACGGUCGAGACCGUCGAGAAGAAGAACUUCCAGCCGAACUACACACUCUUCGCACAGGGGAAAGACGGCCACAACACGUUGCUAGAUAUGUACACCAAAGAGCACGUGGAACUCGCCAAGGCGUUGCAGGUCAGAACCCAUUUGACCUGGAGAUAUCCCAGCACUGUGGUGUCCACGCAGUUGCUCGACUCGUUCAUCUACAUCUGCUCGCAGAAAACCAUUGGGAUCAUCAACAGUGAGUGCAAGAAUGUGGCCGCUAAGUCAUGCACCAAGUUGAUGCGCGACCUUGCGCGCCGCUCGUGGCGCUUCAAGGAACCACGUGGGACUGUCGGCUUGUUCGUCUUGCCGAAGCAGUGCAGCUUCCUCCGCGCGGACAACCUCGCGGUGUACAUGGAAACCAACAGGAUGCUCAUGAAGGAGAAGGCUAAGGUCGCGGCCCUUUCACAGCAGACGCCCGCGACUAAGGAAAAGGGUGCAGCCGGGAUCGGAGCCGACUGUUUGGUCGGCGACUUGACGGUCUUGGGCGAACGCACGACUUUAAAGCAGCGCUCGGUUGUUGGCAGCAACUGCACCGUCGGUAAGCGCUGCCGCAUUACCGCGUCUAUUAUCUUGGAAAACGUGACCAUUGGCGAUGAUGUGGUGUUGGAAAACACAAUUGUGGGUUCCGGUGCAGUCGUGCACAGCAAGUCCAAGUUGUUGAAUUGUAACGUCGAAGGUAGCUUCGUGGUGAACAAGGGGACGAGUGCCAAGGGUGAGACCUUGUUGCAGAUCUCGCUAGAGGGUUUGGGAGUGGAUGAAUAUGAGAGCUCCAGCGAGGGCGAGUCGGGUAGUGAGGGCAGCGAUUAUAGUGAUUUUGAGGAUGAUGAUGAUUUUGAAGACGAUGGGUUAUUUGAUCGAUAGUGAGAGAGCAAAAGUGAGCGCCAGCGAGCUUGAGCUAUAUUAACGAUAAUGUUCUGUAUUGCAAAACAUGUGGCAAUGUGCUAGAUGUCGUGUGUAUUAACCUUUGAUCAAUGAUCAAAAGUUAUGAAGUAGACCAUGCAAAACUUAGGGGCGCAAGAAAUUUGGGUUUUUCACCUGAUAUAUAGAUAUUCGAAUUAACAUUAGUAUUUUAACGUUGAUUUCCA